CGCGACGUGACGUAGGCGCCUGCGCCCUGGGCCCAGAGCGUCCUCUAGGACUUACCCAGAAGGCAACGCUUUGCUCGCGGGUCAAGAUGGCGGGGAGGCCUGCUGUUGCAGCAUCAGGUCGGUGGCUGGAUGGUAUUCGAAAGUGGUAUUACAAUGCUGCAGGAUUCAAUAAACUGGGAUUAAUGCGAGAUGAUACAAUACAUGAGGAUGAAGAUGUAAAAGAAGCCAUAAGAAGGCUUCCUGAGAAACUUUAUAAUGACAGGGUAUUUCGCAUUAAGAGAGCACUGGACCUGACCAUGAGGCAUCAGAUCUUGCCUAAAGAGCAGUGGACAAAAUAUGAGGAGGAUAAAUUCUACCUUGAACCAUAUCUGAAAGAGGUUAUUCGGGAAAGAAAAGAGAGAGAAGAAUGGGCGAAGAAGUAAUCACAUAUUUGAAAACUGUAGAUACUGCUGUCCUCAUGUAUUUUUCCAAAACUGAUUAAAGCUGAAACACAAAGAA